CUGCGUACCACCACUAUAGAUAAUUAUACGUUGAAUCUCUUGCAUGCACCUUGGCCGGAUCAGAAGCUGUGUGCAUGCUGACCAGAGAGGAGGAAGCGUAGGAUGCAAUAGAUUGCCAGGUUGUGUGAGCAGGACGCUGCUGCAGGGCGCGCUUUCGCAUAAGUUGACAUUGACAUCCUCUCAGCGUGAUUGCCGUCCGCGCUCGCAUAUGGCCGACGAACACGAGCUCUUGCUUGUCGACGGAUCCCAGUCAUGGCUACGCUCAACAACGGCUCGGUUUAGUAGCGUCUUGCCGUGGCUCAGCUUUGCACUUGUUGGCGACUGGAUCGUUGUGCUUGUCAUACAGCUAUUCGAACGUCAGGUCAGAGCGAGUGCGGUGCACGAGGAGGAUGUGAAGCUCUAUCUCGAUGAUCCAUCUAUCAUGUACAGGCAUACAGACGUCAGCAUAGACUUACACAUCGAUCAAGCUUGUAGCUGAAGACGCGCGACUGUCUGCAGAAGGAAACGUCAGCUCAUUGACACAUUGACACAUGUGUCGCUGAUCUGCAUCGAGCAGAAUACCGGGCAGUCUCAACGAUCUGCUGACUUAUAGCCUGCCACUCUUGCUGCUCGUGCUCAUCUCAGCCGCGCGACUAUCACUCUUCGAAUUG